AAGGAAGGAAAAGAGUAGGCGGGGCCAGCAGGGGGCUACAUUUAUAUCUAUGCCCAGGGCUGGGCGCCUGCUCACCAUGGACACUGCCGGGUACAGCAAGUGGGACAGCAGGCUCGAGGAAGUCCCUGGAGGGCACUGGGGACGCUGGGGACGGAGACUCCUCUUCCUGGCCCUGGUGCUGGUAGCAGCCUUAGCCCUGUGGGCCCUCAUUCUGAGCAUCCUAUUUUCUAAGGCCUCCACAGAGCGAGGGGCGCUGUUCGGCCACCAGGACCUGCUGAGGACAAACGCCUCGAAGCAGAAGGCGGCGCUGGGUGUUUUGAACGCGGAGGUCCGAGCCUGCAACAGCUGCUGCUCGGGGACACAGACGCUGCUGGAGAGGGCACGCGCGGAGCUGGGGGAGGCGCAGGCGAAGCUGAUCCAGCAGGAGAGUGCCCUCAAAGAACUGAGCGAUCGCGUGACCCAGAGCUUGGCUGAAGCGGGCAGGGACCGCGAGGACAUCCGCAGCGAGCUGUUCAGGGCUCUGGAGGCCGCCCGGCUGGGGAACAGCUCCUGUGAGGAGUGCCCCGCAUCGUGGCUGCCCUUCCAGGGCUCCUGCUACCUUUUCUCCAUCCUGCGGGCCACGUGGGAGGAGUCGCAACGCAACUGCGCGGGCUCCGGCGGACAUCUGGUGAUAGUGGGGGACCUGGAGGAGCAGGGCUUCCUGAGUCGGAACACGCGCGGCCGCGGUUACUGGCUGGGCCUGAGGGCCGUGCGCCGCGCGCGCCAGAUCCAGGGCUACCAGUGGGUAGACGGAGUCCCGCUCAGCUUCAGCCACUGGAACCUGGGGGAGCCCAAUGACUCUAUGGGGCGCGAGGACUGCGUGAUGAUGCUACGCACUGGGAUGUGGAACGAUGCACCGUGCGACAACGAGAGGGACAACUGGAUUUGUGAGAAGAGGCGCAGCUGUUGACCCCGCCCCGCGCCCCGCGCGCCCCACCCACCGCCCGGCGGGCGGUCCCCUGAGCGGUUCACCUUCCCGGCGCCGCCCACCGCCAUCGAUUUCUUCAUUUUUCCCCAUCCACGGCUACCGAGAGCCAUCCCGCCCAGUCCUGUCAGGUACAGGCCCUGGGACCUCUGCUCCAGCCUCACCGCCGGCCCUCAGGUGGUCAUAACCGAGCCUCCACCCGACCCAAACCGCGGGCGGCCCACUAUCCCCACCUCCCUCCCCGGCCAAAACCGGGCAACUCGGGACCGAGCUGUUUGGUGUUCUUGCAUUUUUCCCCCCAGACUGGGAAGCCUUACAGACGGGGGUUUUGUGAGCUGUCUUCGCAGCCCUUAGGAAGCAUCAAUAAAUGCUUGAGAAAUGAA